GUCGGCUUGCUGGACCUGGAGUUGAAUCAACUGACCAAAGCCCUGUUUUUGGCUUUAGUCGCACUAUCAGUUGUUAUGGUAACCUUGCAAGGAUUUGUAGGCCCAUGGUAUCGCAACCUUUUCCGGUUCCUCCUCCUGUUUUCUUAUAUCAUCCCGAUCAGUUUACGUGUGAACUUGGACAUGGGUAAGGCAGCCUAUGGGUGGAUGAUUAUGAAAGAUGACAAUAUUCCUGGAACAGUUGUUCGAACUAGCACCAUACCAGAAGAGUUGGGACGAUUAGUUUAUUUACUAACGGAUAAAACAGGAACACUUACACAGAAUGAGAUGAUAUUUAAGCGCCUCCACCUAGGUACUGUGUCCUAUGGAACAGAUACAAUGGAUGAAAUUCAGAGUCAUAUUAUAAACUCUUAUUCACAGGCACACUCUCAGAAUAGUGGAAACAGUACCAGUUCAACACCAUCUAGGAAGCCUCAGUCGUCUGCACCCAAAGUCCGCAAGAGCGUCAGCAGUCGGAUACAUGAAGCGGUGAAGGCCAUUGCACUGUGUCACAAUGUGACCCCAGUAUAUGAAUCCCGGGCUGGUGUGUCUGGAGAAACAGAAUAUGCAGAGGUGGAUCAGGACUUCAGCGAUGAAAAUCGAACUUACCAGGCUUCCAGCCCUGAUGAGGUGGCUCUGGUGCAGUGGACAGAGAGUGUCGGUCUCACUCUGGUUAACAGGGAUUUGACCUCAAUGCAGCUGAAGACCCCUGGUGGACACAUUCUGACGUACUAUAUUCUGCAGAUCUUUCCCUUCACUUCUGAGAGCAAGCGCAUGGGGAUCAUAGUUAGGGAUGAAUCUUCAGGAGAAAUAACAUUUUACAUGAAGGGUGCAGAUGUUGCAAUGUCCACUAUUGUACAGUACAAUGAUUGGUUAGAAGAAGAGUGUGGAAAUAUGGCACGAGAAGGACUGCGUACACUGGUUGUUGCCAAAAAAUCACUGACUGAAGAACAGUAUCAAGAUUUUGAGAAUCGAUACAAUCAAGCAAAGUUAAGUAUACAUGAUAGAAACCUGAAGGUUGCUGCUGUUGUAGAGAGUUUGGAGCGAGAAAUGGAAUUGCUGUGUCUCACUGGAGUAGAAGAUCAGCUGCAGGCAGAUGUUAGACCAACUCUAGAGAUGCUAAGAAAUGCUGGAAUAAAGAUAUGGAUGUUAACAGGAGAUAAACUGGAGACAGCAACCUGCAUCGCAAAAAGUUCUCACUUAGUGUCUAGAACUCAAGAUAUUCACGUUUUCAGACCUGUUACCACUCGAGGAGAGGCUCACUUAGAACUAAAUGCCUUUAGGAGGAAGCAUGACUGUGCCUUGGUGAUAUCUGGGGACUCACUUGAGGUUUGUCUGAAGUAUUAUGAGCAUGAAUUUGUAGAGUUGGCUUGUCAGUGUCCUGCCGUAGUGUGCUGCCGAUGUUCUCCCACCCAAAAAGCUCAUAUUGUGAAACUGUUACAGCACCACACUGGAAAACGCACAUGUGCAAUAGGUGACGGAGGAAAUGAUGUCAGCAUGAUCCAAGCAGCAGACUGUGGAAUUGGAAUUGAAGGCAAGGAGGGAAAACAAGCUUCCCUAGCAGCUGACUUUUCUAUCACACAGUUUAAACACAUAGGUAGGCUGCUGAUGGUACAUGGUCGAAACAGUUACAAAAGAUCAGCAGCACUUGGUCAAUUUGUCAUGCACCGAGGCCUUAUUAUUUCAACUAUGCAGGCUGUAUUUUCAUCAGUCUUCUAUUUUGCAUCUGUUCCCUUGUACCAAGGAUUCCUAAUGGUAGGGUAUGCAACCAUAUAUACUAUGUUUCCAGUCUUCUCUCUAGUAUUGGACCAGGAUGUGAAGCCAGAAAUGGCAUUGCUAUAUCCAGAACUUUAUAAGGAUCUCACAAAG